AUGCAGGGCCGCAAUUUUGCACACACAGCGCUGACGCGCUGUGUGGCGACCCUCACCUUGGUGACCUUUGUGGUGGGUGCUUCGACCGGGAAGCACGUCGAGAAUGCAAGCUGCGCUUCUGACGACCAGGCGCUCUUGCAAGCAAAAGCGCUCGUCAAGGGAGGAGUUGCUACGUGCCCUGCGGAUCCCAGCACCGACACAGAGGAUCCUGUCAUCUGGGUGCGCGAUACGGUAUUAACGACAACCUCUGGACAGUGCGUCAUUCCGCAAAAUGCCGUAACGGUAAGUGACAACUGCCCAGGCGUCACAUGGUCCUGUGAGCCACCAUCUUGUUCCUGUGCUUAUGUCGGUCAGAAUACAGUUGACUGCACGGCGAUCGAUGCUGCUGGCAACGCUGCAUCAGCUUCCUUAUAUGUUACCGUGGAGGACAAUGAGGAUCCAGUCUUCGAUGCGGUGCCGAAUGACGUGACAGUGACCACAGACCAAGGACAGUGCGGAGCCCGUGUGAAUUUCAAUGUGCCCACCGCAACCGACAACUGUGGAGUUGCGCAACUAGUUUGUUCGCCAGAAUCCGGCACCGCGUUCUCGGUCGGUACCACCACGGUGACGUGCACCGCCACCGAUGUAAAUGGGAACACUGCCGAGACAAGCUUUGUCGUCAAGGUCGAUGACUACCAGGAUCCCCUCGUCGUGGUGAGCGAUACGGUAUUAUCGACAACCUCUGGACAGUGCGUCAUUCCGCAAAAUGCCGUAACGGUAAGUGACAACUGCCCAGGCGUCACAUGGUCCUGUGAGCCACCAUCUUGUUCCUGUGCUUAUGUCGGUCAGAAUACAGUUGACUGCACGGCGAUCGAUGCUGCUGGCAACGCUGCAUCAGCUUCCUUAUAUGUUACCGUGGAGGACAAUGAGGAUCCAGACUUCGAUGCGGUGCCGAAUGACGUGACAGUGACCACAGACCAAGGACAGUGCGGAGCCCGUGUGAAUUUCAAUGUGCCCACCGCAAGCCGACACUGUGGAAUUUUUCAAGUAGUUUGUUCGCCAGAAUCCGGCACAACGUUUCCGGUCGGUACCACCACGGUGACGUGCACCGCCACCGAUGUAAAUGGGAACACUGCCGGGACAAGCUUUGUCGUCAAUGUCCAUGAGACGGAGGCUCCAGUCUUCAAUCCGGUGCCGGAUAAUGUGACAGUGACAGCAGACCAAGGACAGUGCGAAGCCGUUGUGAAUUUCAAUGUGCCCACCGCAAUCGACAACUGUCCAGGAGUUCAAGCAGUUUGUUCGCCAGAAUCCGGCACAACGUUUCCGGUCGGUACCACCACGGUGACGUGCACCGCCACCGAUGUAAAUGGGAACACUGCCGAGACAAGCUUUGUCGUCAAUGUCGAUGAGACGGAGGCUCCAGUCUUCGAUCCGGUGCCGGAUGUUGUGACAGUGACAGCAGACCAAGGACAGUGCGGAGCCGUUGUGGAUUAUGUGGCCAAUGCAACCGACAAUUGUCCAGGAGUUCAAGUAGUUUGUUCGCAAGAAUCCGGCACAACGUUUCCGGUCGGUACCACCAAUGUGACAUGCAGCGCCACGGAUGCUUCUGGCAACACUGCCUCGUCGGAAUCUUUCGUCGUCCAGGUCAAUGACCUCGAAGAUCCAAGCAUCGGCACACUUCCCAACAUCGACGUGCAGUCCUGCAGCCCGACGACCGUCACGUUCGCGCCUACAGCGGAUGACAACUGCCCAGGUGUUUCAACUUCUUGCAGUCCUUCAUCCGGGUCCCUUUUCACUGUCGGCGAAACAGAAGUGACGUGCACUGCAACCGAUGUGGCGGGAAGCACCAGUCAGAAGCGCUUUUCAGUAUCGGUGGAGUGCGACAAUGGCAGCAGCGAGCCGACUGACAAUGCCGGAGAUGGCAGCUACUACCACAAGCGCGUUCCUCGCAUCCCGAGGUGGCUUCACCACAAGCACCACGGCCACGCAAAGCGUGGUCGCCACGUCAGGAAGGGGUUGGACACAAGAACAGACGGCGCACAGUGA